UGUGACACACACAUGGCUGUGCACGGCCGUCUAGACAUCAUAGAGGAGACGGUGGAGAAGACGGUGGAGCACCUGGAGGCAGAAGUGAAAGGCCUACUAGGCCAGCUGGAGGAGCUGGCCUGGAACCUGCCCCCAGGACCCUUCAGCCCAACCCCCGACCUCCUUGGAGAUGAUCACUUUUGAACACCAGAGCCCAAGUUGCCCGGCAGCUGGAAGAGAUACACCUAAGAACAGAGCUGGGCAUCCUGACCUUCCUUCUUUAGCUCCGUGAAAACCAAAAGCUACUCCUUCGGUCCCCUCUGUGUCUGCAGACAGAAUGACCCCUAUAGCUGUAGCCCCUUGUCUAUCUACUCCCAUGCCCUGAGGCCCACACUCCCGUGCAGGCUCAGACCUGGGAGACCCCUGUCUGUCUAUGUGUACCCACCCUCCUUCUUUAUAGGAGCAGACAGGGCAGAGUUGGUUCACAGAGGUGAAGCACUUGAGAUCCAGAAUCAUAAGAUGACACAGCGGACGGGUGUUUUGGGCAGCCUUGCUAUUCAAAACAUGGCUACAGAUGAGCAGCAGUGGCCUCACCUGAGAGCUCGUCAGAAAUGCAGAAUUUGGAGCCCCACCCAGACCUCCUGAAUCAGAAUCUACUGUUUAAUGAGAUCCCCAGGGGAUCUAUAUGCACAUUAAAGUUUAAAAAUUCUUUUCUAUUGAGAUACAAUUCACAUAACACAUAAUUCAAAAUUUUAACCAUUUUAAACUGUACAAAUUCAGUGGCUUUACAAUUUUGUACAGUCCUCACCUCUCUAACUGCAGAACAUUUUGAUUACCCCGAAAGAAAACCCUGUACCUAUUAAGCAUCACUUCUCACAUCCCCUCGCACUGUCCCUGAAAAACACUAAUAUUUCUGUCUCUAUGGACUUGCCUUUCCUGGACAUUUCAUAUAAAUGGAACCAUACAAUAUGUGGCCUUUAGUGUCUGACUUUUUUCCACUUGAGCAUUAUGUGUUCAAGGUUCAUCCAUGUUAUAGCUUGUAUCAGUACUUCAUUCCCUUUGAUGGCUGUACUUUUUGAAUAAUGCUAUUAACAGUCAUGUAUGUUUUUGUGUGGACAUGUGCUUUCAUUUCUGUUGGGUCUAUAACUAGGGGUGGAAUUGCUGAGUUGAAUGGUAACUCUAUUUAAGUUUUUGAAGAACCAUCAAACGUUUUUGCACAGCAGCUGUACUGUUUUACAUUCCCACCAGCAAUGUGUAUAUAAGGGUUUCGGUUUCUCCACAUCCCCACCAAUACCUGUC